CUCUCGCUCAGGACCACCGCACCAUACCAAUUGAUUGUCGCUCACCAGAGCACACCGAAAUCCAGCUGGUUCCCGCAAGACGGAGAUUUCGCAAAAGAGCAACGGAUCCUUCUCGUACUCUUGCGGAAGCGAUUCUCCCGUCGUCGUCCUCCCGAAUCCGAGAAGAGCGUAAGAGCGCAGAGUGGCAAAAUUUUCCUCCGAAUAUGGGCGUCAUGUCAUCUCGUCAUGUAUUCGUCGCUGUACACGGGCGCUUUCUCCAAAAAUCCAUCUACUUUUUCCCGAAAGUUUUAGUUUAAUAGUGGAUCCUGCUGCAGUAACUAUUGUGUGUGGCCAUCGGACGUCUCGGGGCGUGUUAGGAAGAAGUGCUUCGGGGGUUGUGCACAGGGCCCAAAAAAAAAAAAUAGAAGAAGCAAGUUCCCUUAAUCAAGCACUCCUCGGCAGAGCAUACUGCUCGGUACGUACCUACGGAUAGUGGGCUGGAAAAGUCUACUGGCAGCGCCCCCGGGGAAGUGUUUGUACGGAUACGGAAUCGGUCGCGCGAGUCGUGUUUCGGGCUGUGCAAGAAGCGCCAAGAACGGGUACGGUAAUCGCGAACGUCAUCACUCGUCACUGCGGGAGACUUGCGGAUGGAAGGAACUGACCCUGGUGUUGGCUUUAUAGAUUUUCUUUGGCCCCCGUGUUGUUGAACGUGUGUGAAUCUUUCGUUUGGAUCGGGAUACGCGGUUGGAAGACGAGACUGGAUUAACCAGGCGAGCUUGUGCGAGGUGCUUCAAAAUUCAUACACAGAAAUCUACGUUAUAGAGGACCGUAAAAGUAAAACUAGCAAGACACUAAAAUAUAUGUAUAGUAAAACACUCACUCACUGCCUGGCGCCUAGCGAAGGAUAAUACUCUACUUAUAUAGCAAACAACACAGUCAGUGUGACGAAAGCAGUCGACGACAACGAGGACGACGACAAAAAAUACGUACACAAAGGAUCUGAAGCGCCCAGAUUUCGCAACCGCCAACGUGGGGAGGUACGAGGAUCGAACUAUUUUCGCCGUCCUGCCCGUAAACGAAAACAAGCUGUUUGCCAGCAGCAGUACUACCAGCAGUAGCAUGGCCAAGGGAGCUUUUAUGUAAUUGUUGAAAACACCAAUUUUCUCCUGCUGUGGUGCAGUGCAAGAAAGCCCCAGCAUUCCAGGACCACAUUUUCGAGAGCAUCUGUGUUCGGAUCGGAAUCUGUUGACGCCACCAGUAGAAAAUCGGGAAUAUUUGCGGAUAUCUCUGCUGUCCUGUCCUGGUGCCACACCACAUAAACCUCAGCCAUUCAAAGUUGAAGUGAACUGGGAGGAGGGAAAGUGCAACAGCAAAUCAGCAAGAAGAGUAAAUAGAGGGCCAGUGCAGGACUUGGAGAUGACGCUGGCAGCUGCAAUAGAACCAAUCCAACAGCGAUGAUUACGAUGAUCCGAGUGACGACAAUGACGAUAGAGUUACGUGUGAAAAUAGGAUCUGCAACGAGUGCGACGAAUAUGUGCACAUCUCUGUGUGAUUUGCAAAAAUAGAUGUGAAUAGAUAAUUGUUAAUGUAAAUUCAAAGCGUUUAGUGUACGUUGGGAUUGUUUUUCUUUGGAUUUCAAUUUUGUUCCACCUAUUGGGAAGGACGGGUUUAGUGCGAUGAGUUGAGAUGCUUCCUGGAAUUCAGUACUCCAGAAGAUAGUAGAAGAGAAAGUUUUAUUCCCUCGGAAAGCAAAACGACAAAGUCAAGGAUAACCCUCUGCAUCCAAAGAGUAAAGAAAAGUCAGAAAAAGUGUGUGAUGAGCUGUGAAAUAGGGUGGCAUGAAUAGCUGGCAAGUGAUAUUAUACAACACUCAUCCGUUACUUCGUGACAGGCCUAGAAGUAGUUCGGAACGUUCGUUUGUGGGCUGUAACAGCCUUCUCAGUGUUUGUGGUGCUAGUGAUUACAUAAACAGCAGUUGCCUGGAGAAGAACCUCCGCCGAAGACACCAUCGAGGACGUCGACGACUACGGCUGGUCAACGGUAGAACAACGAUUCACCUCAACCAGUUACCUGCGGCGUCCCCCAGCAGACAGCGCUCAUUCUGGCAGCGUUACAGCAAUCUCAGAGCCAGCAAAAAUCACAUCCGGAGCAGGAUAAAUCGUGUAACGGAAGUGCCUACAAACCAGCAAACGCCAGCAACGGUUCUGCAGCCCUCGUCGAAGCCAGCGAAGGAGGCAGCCACAGCAGUGAGAACAAGAAUACCCUUCUACUACAUUGCUGCUGUGUGAUCGUACAAAUUACCCCAGUAGCCCCAGGGCGCAGCCACGUGACGACGACGGCUUCGUCCGCCAAAAAGCCCAGCUCAGGCGGUGACGAUGGCGGAAGUGGAGGGCUAGCCACUGGUGCUAGUGGUCGCACUCCUGUCUGUCGCUGUAACACACAAUACAAACUAUCGGAUCUGAAAGCUCUGCAACAGCUACAACUACAGCAGCAACAGCAGCAGCAGCAGCAACAUCAACAGCAACAACAGGGUGCCAGCGCUAACACCAAUGUCUGCUCCUCUACCCCCGCUGUCAGUGGAACCACCCCCGGCAGCAGCACAGCUGCCGGAGGGCACCAUCAUCACCACCCGUCAAGCACAGCAGCCAUGUCGCAGCACUCUCAUGUCGGCAGUGCCGCGCAGAAACAGAGCCAAGAGUUAACGAACGAGGAACUGAUCAAGUACCUUCAACAAAUCAACGCCGACAUCAAAUGGAUCGAGCAGCUAAAACAAUACAAAUACGAAAUCGAAAAACUUUCCCAUACUGAUAAGACUGAUGCCCGAAACAUCAAACAGCAGCAACAACAUCAACAACAGCAACAACAACUUAUUAAUGGUCACAUUGUUGGACCACCUUCAAAACCCAAACCGGACUUCUCUGCUCCCCCUUCUGCUCCACACCAACAGACCGGAGCCAUAUCCAAGGGCGAAUGCUUCGACCGGAGUCUCAAGCAACGGCACUCGUCUCGCUCGGUCGAUGAACGUACCGCUCGCCGAGAAGACGAAGACUUCGCCAAAGACACCGGCCAUCAAAGGCAUUCUUCCGGGCCCAGUGAUCUCCAACUUCUUAAAACAGACAUUUCUGAAUGGCUUCUCAACCUGCCCCUGAAACGGAGCGUCGAAUUCCUGCAGAAAGCCAAGUCCGCUCAGCAAAAGUUCGAAAAAGAGCAGCAAGAACAGGCAGCCCUUCAGUUCGCCAAGAAACCACUCCAAAGACAAAGCUCCGGAGGUACUUCGGAACGCACUAUCCACCGCCAGCAUUCCGCCGGAACUGGUGAAAUUUCCCUUAGUCGUAACGACAUCCUAGAAUGGCUCAAGAAACAACAAAUAUUCAGCAAAGUUAACGAGGAGACCGGUGCUCCUAAAAAGUUCAAAGAAAAAGAGGAGAUCCCUCUACAGCACUUUGAUCCACCGAAGUCCACGCAGCAGAAGCAAAGCAGUACCAAGCUGCAGAAGCGACACUCACUGGGGCCUAACGAAGAGUUCUUCCACAAAAGUACCACCGACUGGAUUCAGUAUCCAUUGAAGCAGCUCAAGAAACACACCUUCGAUGCAGCGCCACAAAGCAGUUGUACCGACAUACGCCGCAAGGACCGAGAUCGCAGCGAACACUCACACCAUCGAGAGCGAAAACUGCGUCACUCUGCAAGCGAGGUUGUGACCUCAUCGCAUCUCGAUCAUCCUCCGACUCGGGCAGCUCCCCAAAAACCAGAGCGAACCUUCCGUUACCAGACCAAAGAGCGCAGUGAACCACACCCCCAAUUCUUCCCCGCUCAACAACCACAACAUCCAACCCAGCAACCGUCAACCUCCGCUGCCAUCCCCUCCACCACUGCUCCCAAACACUCACGCCGUGAACGCUCUCGACGGCACAAAACCCAGCGCUCGGCCACCGUCAGCGACAUCAACCACAUCAACAAGCACCCCCCUCAACAACAUCCCUCCUACCCGGCCUCAAGAUCCACCGAGCGCAGCCACUCCCCGCCCAAAUGCACCGACCCCUUCUGUUCGGCCCAAUCCCUCUGCAACGACCCCAACUGCUACAUGUACGACUACUACGACACCCCUCGGUGCGCCUCACUCCCGCGAGUCAAAACCACAACCCCUCCUGCGACCACCAAGUGCGGCCCUCUCUGCUACGAGUGCAACAACAAGUGCAACUCCCUCCCUCGCUGCACCGACGCCCGCUGCACGGCCUUCGCCGAACAGGCCCACUCAACGCAAAAGAUCAAAAGCAAUUCACUGCCACGUAACGCCGAAAUGGCCCAGAAGCGGUUGUCCCGGGAGGAGUCACGCAGCUCACUGCCCCGCUCUCGCCCGAAAAAACGAUCCUCCUCGUGCGGCAACGGCAAACUCACCAAAUCGGUGUCGGCCGCGUCGCUCAACUCCCGGAGGCGCCGUAACCGGUCGGUCCACUUCAGCGAAACCAUGCUCCGGGAGGUUUGCCAGAACCGGAAGCUCAUACAACCGCUGCAGCAGCCUCCGUCCGGAGCGGCGCCGCUGCAGCCCAACAUCCAAAUGCUGUACAACUUUGUCGAGGGUGUGCUCAGUGCCUGGGUGGACGACGAAGACGAACACAACAAGUCCGGUCCGGACUCGGAACCGGAACGGGGGGCUGUGAUGAAACCGAUGCACCGCUGCAACCGGAUACGGUUCCAGACGAUCAAACGGGUGGUUAGCGAGGCGGCGGAGCUGAAGGGAUCAUCGAAGUUGGGGAAUUCGCGGUAUCGGCAUCGGCACUGGCGCGGAACGGCCAAGGAUUGUAACGAGCGGUUUUUGAGGAAGAUUUCCGACGAUGAUCGUAUGAGCUUGACGACGGCCGUGUCAGAUGAGGACGACGGUGAAAGUGUGAUGGCUUCACCGUACAAAGCGAAAGCCACUGGCACCGCCGCAGCAUCGUUCAACUGUACCGGAGCGGUUCGGAAAGCAGGAUUCCUUUCGGUCAAGAAAUGGCUCCUGCGCAAGAAGCACCAGAUCGAGCUGGCCCGCAAGCGCGGCUGGAAGGGCUACUGGGUCUGUCUGAAAGGUACCACCCUGUUGUUCUACCCGUGCGAUUCGCGCGAAGGCCGCUCGGUCGAGGCCGCCCCGAAGCACCUGAUCAUCGUCGAUGGGGCCAUCAUGCAGCCGAUACCGGAGCACCCGAAGCGGGACUACAUCUUCUGUCUGAGCACGGCCUUCGGCGAUGCGUACCUGUUCCAGGCGCCCUGCCAGGUCGAGCUGGAGAACUGGGUCAACAGUAUACAUAGUGCCUGUGCUGCAGCGUUUGCAAGACAUCGUGGUAAGACUGGUACAUUACACCUUCUUCAGGAGGAGAUUUUCCGUUUAGAAAAAGCAAUAGAAUCGGACCACAAACUGAAACAUAUGGCCGAUUUGCAGCAGAGCGUAGUCACCGAUACCGACACGCGUCACCAGAUUCAGCAGCAGAUUCUUCAGUGGGAAGAGAACCUUGAGCGAUUGCACUGCGAGCAGUUCCGUCUACGGUGCUACAUGGCAUCGCUGCAGAACGGAGAGCUUCCGAAUCCUAAGUCUCUCCUAACGCACGUAUCGCGUCCCACGAAGAAUACGCUGAACAAGCUGGGCGUCUUCACGGUGUCCUCGUUCCACGCGUUCAUCUGCGCUCGGUCGCCGUCACUGUUGAACAAUCUGCUCGCGGGACGUGGAGCCACCAAGCGACGUCCGCCGAUCCUGUCGCGAUCGAACAGUGGCUCCAGCCGGCGGUCGAUGCAGAUGAACACCCGUGACGAGCCGGAGAAAUCCUACAAGGUGGCCCUGCCGGAGAACACGUUCGCCACCGUGUACCUGCGCGAGGGUAUGUCGGUGGAGGAAUUCCUGGCCAGUGCCUGCCAGCGCAAGAAUCUCAACCCGAUGGAGCACUUUGUACGGGUCAAGAAGCGUCGCGAGAUGGAAGACCACAACUACUUUGUUCCUCAUCGAAAUGAUCUGAUCGAAACAUAUCUACACACUCACGAAAUGGUUGAAGUUUGCGCGAAGAUUUUGUACCAAGUAGAACUACAACGAACCACACUGGAGCAGAUGUGGGGCUUCUCGGUCGAGGCCGAACUGAUCGAGAAUGCCGACCGCCAGGAUGAGCUCUGCUGCUACGUUAGUCGCGUCGAGGACAAGAGCCUAGCCAUGCAGAACGGAGUCAUCAAGGGCGACGAAAUUAUUGUGAUAAAUGGCGCGAUCGUUUCGGAUCUGGACAUGAUGUACUUGGAAAGCGUGCUCCAGGAAGAACAAGCCUUAUGCAUGAUGAUGAGAUCAUCGAGGACAGAGCCACCAGAUCUUGUGGGAAUCAUGCGAUCAACCGACGAUAUUAUCGAAUCUCUGGUGUGCCCUCCACCACCCUCUGAUCCUCCCGUCAUCAGCGAGGAAAUGAUUUCCGGACUUAUCGUUCCUGCUCCUGGUUGGCGACGUUCGUGUAUUUCAGGUAAAGAAGUCUACUCGCCAGAGGUCGAAAGUUCUCCGGCUCCGUCAGCCAACGAUCCACACAUGGACCGCUCGAAGCAGUCAUCGCGUACCAACAGUUUCGAGAUCGAAAAUCUGCUCAAAUCGGCCGAACAGGUCACCGGCUUCUGUCGAUCGCCACAGGAAACCCGCAAGUCAAGCCCCACCGGCUCGGUUGCCUCGUCUGUAUCGAACGCCAUGCUCACACCGUCACGUCAACUGACCGAUGCCGAGAAGCUGCGUAAGGUCAUACUCGAGCUGGUUGAGACGGAGAAGUCCUACGUUAAGCAUUUGAACAACCUGCUCGAGUAUUACCUGGAACCCCUGAAACGCGAAACCUUCCUAUCGAAUGCCGAAAUCACCGCUCUAUUUGGAAACAUUCAGGAAAUCGUUACAUUCCAACGCCAGUUCUUGAGCAACCUAGAGGAAGCGCUUGAUCUAGAACCAGAUUUCCAUCAACUGGAGCAUCCUAGUCAAUUUAAGAAUGUCCUGUUUGCCAUUGGUUCAGCAUUCCUGUACUACGUCAACCACUUCAAGCUGUAUUCUUCCUUCUGCGCUAGCCACAGCAAAGCGCAGAAGGUUCUACAUCCAAAUGAAGGUAACCAAGCUCUACAGGAAUUCUUAGUCGCUCGCAAUCCAAAGCAACAGCACAGCAGUACCCUGGAGUCAUUCCUAAUCAAGCCCAUCCAGCGUAUCCUCAAGUACCCACUCCUACUACAGCAGCUUCGCAACCUGACCGACCCGAACGCCGCCGAGCAUCUGCACCUGGUCGAAGCGCUCAAGGGGAUGGAAAAGGUCGCCGAGCACAUCAACGAAAUGCAACGAAUCCACGAAGAGUACGGUGCCAUCUUCGAUCACCUGUUCCGGCAGCACCAGAAGUCCUGCAAACAACCGAUCGACCUUAGUCCGGGUGACCUGCUGUACUACGGUGGCGUCGAGUGGUUGAACAUCUCCGACUUUCUGGGAAAAAUCAAGAAGGGUCUCGAGCUGCACGCCAUGUGCUUCGUCUUCAAAUCGGCCGUCGUGUUCCUCUGCAAGGAGCGGCUGCGUCAGAAGAAAAAGCUCAUGGGAGUUUCCAGCAAAAAUGCCACCAACGAAGUGGAGAUCAUUCGCUACCAGGUGCUGAUUCCGGUGACCGAAGUGCAGGUUCGUGCUUCCUCCGCCAAGGAUAUGGAUUCGCACUUCCUCUGGGAGUUGAUCCACCUCAGAUCACAACUACAACGAAGAUCGGAAAAAGUCUACGUGCUUUCCAAUAGUACUGGCGAUUUCCGUAAUGCAUUCCUGAAAACGAUUCGACAGAUCAUCCGUGAGAGUGUCCGCAACAUGUCGAUUCCCUCGCUCAAGAGCAUGGGCGGUAGCAUGAACUCGAUGACUGGCGUUGGUAGUUCGUCCGGCAAUUCGCAGACUUUGGAGCGACCCAAGCAACAGCCGCAGAUAAUGCAAGGAUCGCAAACACUGGGUAAACCAAAGAAGUCGAAGAUCAACCAACGUCACUCGUCCGGAAACAUCGACUACGACAACACCACGUCCGGCAGUCAGGAGGCCGACGAUCCACCAGUGCCCCAGUACAGCGGACAGUUCCGCAUGCGCAGCAAAACCGUCGGAGACGUUGGAGAACAAGUGGCCGCCUGCAGACGUAAUAUGAGCGAGCGUGAGCCGGAGAAGGCAGAUCCCGGAACCAAAUCUGAAGGAGAAGACGAUUCGCAGCAAGGUUCAGUCAAGCCAAAAUCUUCGCUGGGCAAGACUCCGAAUCAUCUUACGCUGAGCACCACAUCGACCCUGUCCGUUAGCAGUACCGGCAGCCAGGCCCGUCUAAUCCAGUCAUCGCACCCGCCGGCCACAUACCAUCCGGUACUGAUGAAGGACCUAGGAUCCCCGGUGUGGAAGCCUAGAGACAUGAUUAGUUUAUGUGAUGCCCAGUCGACUUCGACCGCACGUAAAGAUGAUUCAAACAAGUAAACAUGCGCACCAUAUUAGGCGUGCAAGCAAGCAAACGGAAAAUGUAUGUAAACAAUAGAAGAAGUAAGCCAAACCAUAAGGCACAUUCGCAAAACCGCAGUAGGCAGAGGAAGGGUUUCGGGAUCUUUGGUGGGGUUGCCAUGGGAUCAUUGGGGAACUUUGCAAUCGAGGCCGAAAAA